AUGCAAUCAAAUCUCCAAUGGCACUCAGAUCCUGUAAGGAGCCUAGGCCGCCAGGAGUCUCCAGGACCAUCAAGGAAACCAAGUCUCCCAAGGCAUCCAGGUCCCCCAACGCUGGGAACCCAAUCAGUGCAUCCUAGUCACCAGAUGCCCUCAAGUUCCUCAGUGAGUUCUGGUUGUGAGAGUUCCCUAGGCCCUAUGGUGGGUUCAGAGAAAUAUGGUGACCAGCAAGUUUACCGUAAAGGUCCGAGGAAGCAACGAAAGGAACGUACCGUGUAUUCCCACGAACAGAAGCUCCUCCUCUUAGAACAUUUUAAUCAGCACAUGUACCCAGACUUGGAGCAAAGGGUGAAGCUGGCACCACUGAUUGGUGUUACCGAGAAUGAGGUCAAGAUAUGGUUCAAGAACCAACGUGCUAGGUGCAAACGGGAGGAACUCAAGAAUGUUAAAGAAGCACUCCCAGAAUCAACUGGAAGCUCUCAAGAUGAUGCUGUGCCAACCCACUCUCCUGGUCAGUUAUCAGUCACUGCCAAUGUGGGGUCCUUGUCUCCAGGCACAUCUACUGUGGGCUCCAUUCCCAACAUCAAACCCAGCAUGAAAGCUUCUCUCAAUAAUGAUCAGGCUGUUGAAGAUUCAAGGUGUAGUUCCCAAGAGGACCUGCUUGAUGGUCAAGCCCCUGCUGCACCUCCCAAUUUUGGGAAACCCCCAGUAGUUGAAAUCCAGACUGACCCAGCAGUGACUGAUGGUCCAGCCUCAGUGGAAGCUGCAGUUUCCACCAGAGCUUCACCCAGAAGCCCAGAUGUUGUUCAGUACUUACAUCCAUCUUCUGAACAGCUCUGGAAGUUGAUAUAUGAGGAUCUACGCCAAGGGGAGUGCUCAGAGACUUGA